AUGCACCAACGAUACGGCAGCGUCGUUAGAAUUGCACCAGACGAAUUGAGUGUCGCAGAUCCGCACGCUUUUAAGGAGAUCUAUAGGGCUGGCGGCAAGUUCAUUAAAUCUGAACUGUACGGCGUUGUGAAGGGAAAAAGGAAAUUUGACUUGUCUGGCGAGAGAGAUGAAGCUAUACACGGCGCCCAGCGGAGGCUAGUGGCGAGGGCGUAUACGAAAGAUUCGAUGCGCACGCUUCAGGCAUCCGUUGACGUUCUCAUCGUCAAUUUCAUGAAGAAGCUUGAACAGUUUGAUGGCAAGUCGGUAUCACUGGGAUACUGGCUGCAGCUGUUUGCUUUCGAUGCAAUUGGUGCUGUUAGCUUUUCUCGAAGCUUCGGCUACGUCGAGGCUGGGAACGAUAACGGCCUCUUUACGCGACUUCGGAAUUCUCUGAAGUCAAUUUCCUGGCUUCAGCAUGCCCCUUGGAUCAUCUACAUGCACAACGCGAUGAUGCCUCUGAUUGGUAACUGGCUGGCAUUCAACGACCGUAACGUCUAUUUCUUUGAGUUUGCCAAGGCAGAGGUCUCACAGCGAAAAGAACAAGGCGGUCACAGCAAAGACAUUGUGGGUCAGAUGUUGGCCACUCAGAAAGAGAAACCCGAGCUAGACGACACGAGUAUGGCUUUCAUGAUGACCACGAACGUAUUUGCUGGCUCGGAUACCACGGCCACGUCUCUAAGAGCCGUCAUCCUGAUGUUGCUUCGUCACCCUGCAACGUAUCGGCGUUUAGUAGACGAAGUGUUCGAGAAACGAGCGAAGGGCGAGCUGAGUGAUCCAGUUACUCUGGAGGAAUCCGAGGCGUGGCCGUACCUUCAAGGAGUACUGUACGAAGGUUUGCGUCUGUACCCGGCAGUCGGGUCAUCGUUGCCACGAGUGGUUCCACAGGGCGGCAUGAAUAUCGGCGAUCACUACGUUCCACCGGGUACCGUUGUCGGGAAAAGUGCCUGGGUCAUCAAUCGUAUCCCUGAAGUCUGGGGCCCAGAUGCGGACACAUAUCGGCCGGAGAGGUGGCUUGAUAGCCGAGCACGCGCCGAACUCAGGCCCUACUUCUUUACCUUUGGCAGCGGUUCCCGUAUAUGUAUUGGUAAAAGCAGAUAUCAGCUGGAUGGAAAUGGCAAAGCUUUUACCGACAAUCCUGAUGCAUUUUGA